AUGCCUGCCUGCUUGCUCUUUGGACUUGCCAAGUGCCCGUCAGCCGCCCCCAGCCGUCCAAAACGUUGCGCGGCUGCGCAACGGAGAAAGGAAAGGGUGCCCGGGGUGGCGGCUGAGUGAGGGAAGCUGCAGAGACGGCGGAGAGAACGAGCUUCGGUUUGUGUGAGUGGGUAAAGUAAAGUGGCUGGAGGAGAAAACAACAACCACGAGCCUGGCCCAAGUGGGCGAAACUGCGGUUGGGAGAGAGAAGGGCCGUCGCGAAGGCGGGGGAAAAGCGGAUCCAGCCAGGCCGAGCAAACGAGGGCGAGCGGGGCGCUCUCUUGCUCGCCGCCCGCUCCGCUUCCAGGCGCUCCUGCCUGCGGCUCUUGACAUGAACAGGCCAGCCACCCUCUAUAUAUAAAAGUUAAAGUAUUUGAACCUAUAUUGUGUAUACCAGAAGAUCCACGUAGGAAAACAUGUCUUAUUUACUCAAGGAAUUUCUAAAAUGUGGUUUUGCCUGCCAAAUGCAUACAGUAGGAACAUUAUUAACUGGAAAACAUACGCUGAAAAAUUCCAUAGCCUUCAGUGGACAAACACUGAACACUUCACGAGCUUUAUCUCAAAUUAGUGCCAAGAACAUGGACUCUUUCAGUUAUGUAAUUGUUGGAGCUGGAUCUGCAGGAUGUGUAUUAGCCAACCGAUUGACUGAAGAUCCUCACAGCACUGUUAAACUCCUGGAAGCAGGGCCAAAAGAUACCAUUUUGGAUAGCAAACUAUUGCUGUGGAAGAUCCAUAUGCCUGCUGCACUAACCUACAACCUUUGUGAUGAGAAAUAUAACUGGUAUUACCACACAACAUCACAGAAGCACAUGGAUAAUCGAAUUAUGUAUUGGCCCAGAGGAAGAGUGUGGGGGGGAUCAUCAUCCCUCAAUGCUAUGGUGUAUAUUCGGGGCCAUGCAGAAGAUUACAACAGGUGGAGCAAAGAAGGGGCUGUUGGAUGGGAUUAUGAGUUUUGUUUGCCAUAUUUUAAGAAAGCACAGACCCAUGAGCUGGGUGCUGAUUUGUAUCGAGGUGGGAAUGGCCCACUUCAUGUGUCCAGGGGAAAAACAAAAAACCCUCUUCAUCGUGCAUUUUUGGAUGCAGCUCAACAAGCUGGGUAUGCUUUCACAGAGGAUAUGAAUGGCUUUCAACAAGAAGGUUUUGGUUGGAUGGAUAUGACAAUACACAAAGGUCAAAGAUGGAGCACAGCUAGUGCUUACCUUCGCCCUGCAUUGCCGCGCCCAAACUUGUCCGUAGAAGACAGUACACUCGUUACAAAAAUUUUGUUUGAAGGGACCAAAGCCAUUGGCAUUGAGUAUGUUAAAAAUGGAGAAAAGAAAAAGGUUUUUGCUAGUAAAGAAGUUAUUUUAAGUGGAGGUGCCAUAAAUUCCCCACAGUUACUUAUGCUGUCUGGAGUUGGAAAUGCAGAUGACCUAAAAAAGAUAGGAAUUCCUGUUGUCUGCAACCUUUCAGGAGUUGGCCAGAAUCUUCAAGAUCAUUUAGAAGUGUACAUACAACAGAAAUGCACCCAACCUAUAACAUUGUAUAAAUCACAAAAGCCUCUUCAGAUGGUCAAGAUUGGUCUUGAAUGGUUUUGGAAAUGUACAGGUGAUGGAGCCACUGCUCAUCUAGAGUCUGGGGGAUUUAUCAGAAGUCGACCUGGAGUUUCUCAUCCAGAUAUUCAGUUCCACUUCCUCCCUUCUCAGGUGAUUGAUCAUGGACGUGUUGCUUCUCAACUGGAAGCUUACCAAGUUCAUGUUGGACCUAUGCGAAGUACAAGUGUAGGAUGGCUAAAGCUGAAAAGUACAGACCCAAGAGAGCAUCCUGUCCUUGAGCCCAACUAUUUGUCAACAGAAAUAGAUGUCUGGGAAUUUCGUCAGUGUGUGAAGUUAGCAAGAGAGAUAUUUGCUCAGGAGGCCUUUGAAAAAUUCCGUGGAUCUGAAAUUCAACCAGGAAGCCAUGUUCAGUCUGAUGGAGAAAUAGAUGCCUUCAUAAGACAAAAGGCUGAUAGUGCCUACCAUCCUUCGUGCACUUGUAAAAUGGGAAAGAGUUCUGAUCCCACUGCUGUGGUUGAUCCCCAGACCAAAGUUAUAGGGAUAGAAAACCUGAGAGUUGUUGAUGCCUCAAUAAUGCCUAGUAUUGUAAGUGGAAAUUUAAAUGCCCCAACCAUCAUGGUAGCAGAGAAAGCUGCUGAUAUAAUCAAAGGACUGCCAUCGCUUCAAGAGAAAAAUGUUCCUGUAUAUAAACCCAAUACUUUGGAAACUCAGCGAUGAAAUAGCUGUGACGUUCUCUGCAGAAUGUAUUCUAAUACAUAAUAUUGAAAAUCAACUUUCUAUUUCAGUCAAAGAAAGAGAUUUGGUAUGUAAUGAAAAUUGUUCAGAAAAUAGCUGCACCCUCAAGUAAGAACAGGUAAAGAUAUAUAAGAAACUGCUUGAUAACAGCAUGGCUGAUAUGCAUAGAUAUUUGUUACUUCAUGUAGUAGGAUCUUAUGAUGGAAUUGACUUCAGAUCUUGAUUAGUUAGGAUGUAGUUUGUGGGCUUAUGGAAGAAUUUCCCUACACUAUAACAUGGAUAUUAUAUCAGAUUUUCUCAGGGCUAUACUAAAUAUAGAAGACCGAGCCUACACAUUAAAGAGGACUGAUUGGUCUAAUACUUCAAAAAAAUGAAGCUACAACAAAGUUCCACUGAAAGCUUUGUUAUGGGAUUUAUCUUAACUGGAACAAUUAGCACCAACUAAAUUUGUUGAGUUGUGACCAUUUGUCCCUUAUAAAAGCAAUUAAUGAGUUCAACAAGUGUACAUAAUAAUAGUAUGGAUAAACAAAAAAGGAGACUAUCUCCAGCUGUCAACAGCUUCUGUUACUCUUAAUAAAUUACAGGUGCAGCAAGUUACAUUAUGGUUGUCUAUGAAGCAUUAGAUGUCGACUUGGAUGGUGAGGACAUGGUUGUUGUGCAGCCUAGGUUUAGCUGAACCUUCUUGUUGUGCUUAUAGUAGCAGGCCCACGUGUUCAGGUUUCUGUGUGCCAUUUAGUCAUUUGUGUAGGAACUAAAAAUAUUUACUGUGCCCAGCAGUACUGUUGCCCUGGGGAGGGAGUUCCAGGGCCAUAGAAAACACCUGAUCAUCCUCUCUGAGGACAAAGAGGCUGCUCUGACCUUUAAAGAGGAAGAUCUGAUGCUGGAAUGCCCCUUUUUUUGUCACCGUGACAGCUUCCACAGCUCUCGCCCAACUUAUGGGAUGGCUCUGGUAUUAGUAGGGCUGAAAAGAGGGGCGUCAGGGGAAGGCUGGAUUCAUAACUAAAAGGCGGCAGACCCUUUCCAGUUUCCCAACACAUCCUUAAACUAAUGUUGCCUUCUUUUCAGCCUUACCAAGCUUGGAGACCUUUUAGGCAACAAGUGACUAAUACAUUUAAUAAACUUUAAGUAGUAGUAGUAAUAGUGAUAAUAAUAAUAAUAAAAACACCCAGGGAAUAAACUGGAGCUAGCAUAGUUUCUUCCCAUUUAUUAUGUCCCACUUUUAUUGAAGGGAAAUUAUUUAAAAAGUAGAAAAGAACAGAAAUUUGGUACUUCUGCCUUGCUAGUUCCUUCCCUCCUCACCUUAAAAUUGCAACCUAAUCUGCUUUGAUACAAGUUAUACAGAUAAUUCAGUGACAGGCAAUUGAAAGCAGAAAAGGACACUUGGAGAAAACUAUGUUCCUUAUCACCUUAACCUAAACUGUACCUGGUUGUACUGGAGGGAUGGUGUUGCUAUCAUUUCUUCAUGCUAUCCUUUACUACUACUUCAUGUAGUAAAAUCCCCAGCAGUUUUCACAGGGCACACUUUAGCUAAGGCCAAAGGGGAGAGAAGACUCAGGGUUUCCAGUAGGGUGAGGAUCUUGGGCUACUGCAGUCACAGGAUUUGACAUGAUAAAGAAAUACAGCUGGGAUUGUAAAUUUUUGGCAUAAAUCCAAAUUGCACCAUUUCAGAUUUCAUCAGAACCUCUGAAUAAAUAACCUCAUAGAAAUAAUAAUAAUAACUUUUUAUCAUUUGCUUGAAUGAAUUUAUACGUCAAUCUUAAAUGUACCUUUUCUGUUAUUGACUGUAACAAAGGUUACCAUGAACAUAUUUUAAUUGUUUAUAGCUAUGGGUGUUUCAUUGUGUCACUUGUUUUAAUUAUCUGGCUUUCAGUGUAAUAUAUUUUCUAAUAGCAGCUUGCUGUUUUUUCACUUUUGUUCUGCUGCUGUGUUCAUCUUUAUAACUUAGUUGUCCAGGAAGAAUUGCUUAUCAUUGAGGGAUAUCACUUACUAGGCAAACUUUGGUCUGGGUGCUUACAUAAAUGGUAUUCCCAUGUUGACUAAUCAAGGAAAUCCUCCUUGUGUAUUUUCCACAUAGGAAAAUACCAGCACUGCUAUGCCAUCUAGUAGGAACUCCCUGGCUCUUGUAGGAACUCCCUGGCUCUUGUAGUCACACAUUGGACUAAAAGCACUUCACCCUUACUCAUUACACUUUUCUCAUAUAUUUCAUAAAUGGGUAUUGUAAUUUUGUCCAAGUUAAAUUUCUCAGAUCAGUGUUCUGUGUUUUGUACAUUGUUAGCACAACCUUGCAAAGUUAGUAGUGGAUAACGUCCCAGAUAACUUUCAUUGAUUUCAUUUAAUCAAAUCAUGAUUAACUUAUGCUGGGUUGAGCCCUUUGUAUAUAAUAUUAAAAAGCAACUGUAGAAAAUGAAUUCCUGAUGUUUCUAAACAGGUACAGUUGUUAAGGAUUCUGAACAUGUAAUAAUUAUUCUAAUUUAAAAUGCAGCUAAUGUAAUUACAUGCUUUAAAACAUAUUUAUCCCAUAUUUCUAGGAUAUAUUUUUGCAUUUGCCCUCUGUAGAAUAUGUUUUGAAAAACUGUAAAAUGAACUUCCCUAAUUUAACACCUAUAAAUUGCUGCUUUGCAAGGCAAAAGCAGCACUAUGAUGUAGUAUGAUAUUAAAAUACAAAGUAUAGAUUUAAUGCUGUGCACAGUGUACACAUCUGAGUAUGCGGCUGUGAACUGCAUUGACAUAUCAGUACUUCUAAAGCUGGUGAACAAAUGGUCAGCACAGUCAGUUUUGAUUAGGCAAGAGUGGCUUUUCUCACCACCUGAAACAGAUCACUAGUACUACCAUUGCUGAGUGUACUGGUCCAGAAGGGGCAAGUGCACAUGGACCUACCCUAUCAUAAACCACUAAUUUUAAGCGCUUAAUUUGUAUGGUUGUUUUAUUUUUGGUUUUUAACCUUUGCAACAUAAUCUAGCCAUAGGCAUUGCACACAGAAGGCCUCUAUUCUACAUACGUUCACAGUGGGGAGUAAGGCCCAUUUAUGUUAGUGGGACGUACACGGUUGGCUCACACAGGCAUGCAGAUAAACUUACCGGUAUUUCUCUACACUUAAUGUCUGCCAACUGAACAUGUGAACUUAGGCUAAAAAGGCUUUGUGUUUAACCUGGUGUGUGGUAAUACAAUGUCAUUUGUGUUUGAUCAACCACACCGUUGUAGCCCUCUAGUCAACAGCACAUGAGUGAACCAGCCCUUCUAAGUAAACAGGCACAUGAUUAGGCAGAAAGCCAAUUUGUACAUCUGAAUCAAUCUUGCUGGACCAGCGAGACUGAAACCACCACCUCUGUUUACUUUUUACAUUAGUUUUAUAAACUCAGAGAAAUUUUCAUUAUGAAAGGAGUUGACAUUGGCCAAUACUGCAAGGAACUUGGGAAGGUUAUGGGAAGUUUAUUAUUAUUAAAAGAAUUUAUAUCCUGCUCUUCCUCCUGAAGGAGCCCAGGGCAGCAUACACACCUACAAUUAAAAACAAAAUAUUAAAAGCACAUUUAAAAAAAAUUAAAAAAAUUCCAAUACAGCUGCAGACUGGGAAAGAUUUCAGCUUAAAAGGUUUGUUUAAGGAUCUGAACCCAAGGUAUUGUUUCUCAGCAUGUGAGCAACAUAACAAGUGCAGUAAUCAGAAUCUUUUAACUGUGGUUAGCCUCCUAUUAGAUUCCUUGGGACUUUCAAGGCAACAUCAUCCAUUUGAGAAAAGUAGAAACAGGUUAAAAAAACCUGCUGACUCAAAAGCUGGCUGGAGGGACAACUGCAGAUGCUCUAAGCAGGUCCUGCUACCUGGUGUUGCUGCAAAGCAGUAAAACUGGAGCAUUGUAAUUAACUGGGAGGAAGAACGGCAUGUUGGCAUAAGAAUGCUACUGAAGAGAAAAUGUGACUGCAGUGAGCACUGUCCCAUAAGAAAUCAGGUAAAUAAUUUCUGUGAUAAAUGUUCUGUCAUUAAAUUGGGACCAAAAUGAUUUACUCAUCAUGAUAAAAGUCGUAGAUCAAUCAAUGUGAUGCAAACCGUGAGUUUUUAAUAGAGAGACUACUGAGGCAGUUUUAGUGUGCUUUACUGCAUUCAGGGUAUUCAAUCCAGUAUAGCAUGAUUACCUUUGUGGCUUUUAGAAUGCAGAGAGCUUCCAAAUCAUAUGAUUUAUUAGCCCACUGUGAUGUGAUUGAUGUAGAGCGCCAUUUUAAAAUACUGCAGAUUACUAAAAGAUGCUGUGGUAGAAGAUAGAAUACCUGGUUUAAUAGUUGUUUACAUGACUGCAGAUGAUUCUCCAUCUAUGUUAUUGUAUAAUAUAUAUGAACCUGAAGGUUAUUGUAAACAGUAUAAGCAACUGUUUAUCAUGCUGCCAGAAGUGGUGCUUUAUCCCUACGUUCCAUUUUGUUUUGUUUCUGUUUAUUUUCCCCAUGGUUUAUUCAGCAUGAUUUCACUAUCAUGAGAAAUGCUGCCCUGAUUCAAUGAUGUGGCUGAAUUUACAGCAGGUAAGGAAUCUCCUUCCCCAGUUAAUAAUUCACAAAAAUGAGCUCAGCAUUUAUAACUCUCCAGCUAUGUCCUAAUUGCAACACAGAAGUAAUAUGUUAAUAAGAGAAAACACUUUCCCUUGCAUCAUGGCUUAUGAAGCUAGAGGCCCAGCAAUUUGCUGAAAAAAGUUUGGGGCAAAAAAAAAAAAAGCCACCA